ACCUCAUGCUUGCACCAUGGAGAAAGUCUCAGCAUUGAAAGAUCAGGGCAACAAAGCCCUGAGUGCAGGAAACAUCGAUGAGGCUGUACGCUGCUACACCGAAGCCUUGGCUCUGGACCCAUCGAACCAUGUCCUGUUCAGUAACCGCUCAGCUGCCUAUGCCAAGAAAGGCAACUAUGAGAAUGCUCUGCAGGAUGCCUGUCAGACCAUCAAGAUCAAACCUGACUGGGGCAAGGGCUACUCUCGCAAAGCCGCAGCAUUGGAGUUUCUCGGCCGUUUGGAGGAUGCUAGAACAACUUACCACGAGGGCCUCCGACAAGAGCCAAGUAAUCAGCAGCUAAAGGAGGGCUUACAGAACAUUGAGGCCCGACUUGCAGAGAAAACAAUGAUGAACCCCUUCGCUAUGCCCAACUUGUAUCAGAAGCUGGAAAGUGAUCCUCGGACUCGUGAGCUGUUGUCAGACCCCAGCUACAAAGAACUGCUGGAGCAGCUGAGGAACAAACCAUCUGAGCUUGGCACGAAGCUGCAGGAUCCCAGAGUGAUGACUACACUCUCUGUGCUGCUGGGACUAAACCUCUCUGAGAUGGAGGAAGAAGAGGAGCCCACUCCUCCUCCUCCUCCAAAACCCAAAGAGACUCAGCCACCUCCUCCGAAAGAGGAAGACCUGCCUGAAAACAAGAGAAAGGCCUUGAAGGAAAAAGAACUUGGGAAUGCCGCAUAUAAGAAUAAGGACUUUGAAACGGCACUGAAACAUUAUGAAGAAGCAAUUAAACAUGACCCCACCAACAUGACUUAUAUAUCUAAUCAAGCAGCUGUGCAUUUCGAGAAGGGAGAUUUUGAGAAGUGCCGAGAGCUGUGUGAGAAGGCCAUUGAUGUUGGCAGAGAGAACCGGGAAGACUACAGACAAAUUGCAAAGGCCCUGGCUCGAAUUGGGAACUCAUACUUCAAGCAGGAAAAAUACAAGGAGGCAGUUCAGUAUUUCAACAAGAGUUUGACGGAACACCGCACUCCUGAUGUUUUGAAGAAGUGUCAACAGGCAGAGAAGAUCUUAAAAGAACAGGAGAAACUAGCCUACAUCAACCCAGAGUUGGCGCUGGAAGAGAAGAACAAGGGCAACGAUGCCUUCCAGAAAGGAGACUACCCCUUAGCCAUGAAACAUUACACCGAGGCCAUCAAGAGAAAUCCCAAUGAUGCCAAACUGUUCAGUAACAGAGCAGCCUGCUACACAAAGCUGCUGGAGUUUCAGCUUGCCCUGAAGGAUUGUGAAGAGUGCAUCAAACUUGAACCCAGCUUCAUAAAAGGCUACACGCGCAAAGGAGCUGCUUUGGAGGCCAUGAAGGACUAUUCUAAAGCUAUGGAUGUGUACCAGAAGGCUCUAGAGCUGGACUCUUCCUCAAAGGAAGCAACAGAAGGCCUGCAGCGCUGUAUGGUCAGUCAGGCCAUGAGGAAUGACAGCCCUGAGGAGGUGAAGAAACGAGCCAUGGCUGAUCCUGAGGUGCAGCAGAUUAUGAGUGACCCCGCCAUGCGCAUGAUCCUUGAGCAAAUGCAAAAGGAUCCACAAGCACUUAGCGACCACUUAAAGAAUCCAGUUAUUGCUCAGAAGAUACAGAAACUCAUUGAUGUUGGACUGAUAGCCAUUCGCUGAUGAGAGACAAGAGCCACAAAUGUGAAGAAAUUCUGAGACAACCGUGGAACAACGUACAGAUCCCUCCAAAAUAAUACAUACUCUUUUCUUGCCUUCAGAUUCAAAAUUAUAUUGUUCUUUGUCUCACUGAGACUUUGUGUGUAUGUUUAUGUUUUGGGUUUUUUUUUAAAAUCAGUUUCACAACUUUUACAUUGUAUUUAAGAAAGCAUCUUGUAUGUAAUCCGGAAAUCUUAAGGACUCUGGACAAUUUCAUCUGAAAAAAUUAAUGUGUACAGAUGCUGAAAUACAUCUUAAAAUAAACAUCACAAUGCAGUGCACCAUUAGACUCAGUGUUUAAAGGGGAGAUCCACCCUGAAGCUGUUCUCAUAUUCCUGUUGGUUCAUGCUUUAAGCAAAUUUACAAAGAACCAGAAGAAUUGCCACCACUUAAAUUCAAGAUUGUUUGUAGAUGACACAUUGAAGUUGUCAACAUUUGUCAUUGCUCUAGACAUCUGUGUCUUUAAGGUUUCGCUAAACUUGGUGCUUUAAAGUUGACAUCUCAGAUUAGUUUCCCUUCAGUGCUUCCUCUUCUGGUGUUUUAUAAACCUCUGGUGCAAAGCUCAAACUGUCCCAUUUACCGUACUUGUUACUCAAAUACAGGUUGAGAAUCUUUUAUGCAGCUUUGAUAUUAUUUUUCUCUUUGUUUGGAUAAUUAUCAGCUAUUAUCAUUCACUGAACUUAACAGAGAUGUAUCAAUAAUUCAAGUCUGAAUGGAUACUUUUUGGCUGGCUCCAAAUUUUUCCUACGCCUGAAACUAGAGGGCUGCUGUACAAAAACUGCCUGACUUUAUCUUGAAUGUUUCAAGAUAAUGGGGAAAAAUGUGAUAGGUGAAGGGUGGAUUUACCUUUUUUUGCUAGCAACUAUUGGUUGACUCAUUGCUUCUUAUUUUGCAUCUUUAAUGUUCUGUCGACUUGUCUUAGAGUAUUGAAGCCCUUUUGCUACCUGUCGCCACUUCCUAAUGUGUAUGUCACCCAGCAAAGUGAUGGUUGAGGUGGAAUUUGCCAACCUUCUCUGAUUUAUACGGUAAUGGCCUAUAAAUUGUCAGCUUCACACAUACUGAUGGCAUUAGUGCUGUGCUCCCAUGGUGACAGACUGCUCAGCUUUGGUUUUCAGAAAGGAGAUAACAUUACUAUGGACCAUUUUUGCCACACGUGGCUUCGGAUACCUCAAAGUCACCACGUUGUCACAGUAUCUUCGUGCUAUGGUUUCCAAGAGGGACUCAGAAAUGCUAGAAAUGAAUUGUAAUGCCUUUUUUGUUUCCACAUAUCCACAGUAGACUUAUCUAUCUGCAAUUCUCUAUUACCUGUGAUGCACAGCGCAACAGAAAUAGGGGUACGGGCAUUUUUACCAUCCAAGUACCAUUGUAAUCAUAACCUACACGCAACACAUGUGGAGCUCACAUGUAAAAGAAACUGUCCCAAGAAGUGUCAUGUACUAAUGGAAAUCAGUUGUACUGUGAAAUAUACAGUAUCUGAAUGUAUAUUAAGUCAGUGGUGGCUUUGUUUUUGUCCUGUAAGACCGACAAUGUUGACACUGACUCUGUCGUUGUAGACAUUCAUUUGAUAGUAGGGGGAUUAACACAGUAAAAUACACACACCAAUAAAAAGUACAAUGGAGA